AAAAACAAAACUCUAAACGACAAACAUUUUUAGUUUAACUGCCGAAACGUGAGCACCACCAACACCAGUCGUCGUCGUCGUCUUUUGCUCUAUCGUCGCGACGAAGUCUCGUUACGCAAUGUUGGAUCAAAAUAUUCGAAGCAAUGUCAUCUAUUGGAUGAAUUUGUUGGUAACGAUUCUACUCUUUCCGAUUUUGUUGUGGGUCAGUGUUAUUCGAUGGCUGUUCGUGCGGAAUCCAGAGGCCACGGUGCGAGGGGAGGUGGCCGUGGUUACGGGAGGAGCUCAAGGUUUGGGACGUCGAUUGGCCACCGAAUUGGCCAGACGAGGUUGUCACAUUGCCGUGGUGGACAUUUUGGAGCACAAAGCCCAGGAGACGGCAGAGUAUCUGAAGAAAACAUUUAAAAUAAAGAGCAAGGCUUAUAAGGUUGAUAUAACAGAUCACCAAAAACUGGUGGAAUUCCAUGCUCAGGUUACCAAAGAUUUUGGCGACAUUACACUGUUGAUCAACAACGCGGGUAUUGUCUACUUUUCCGAUAGUACACCCCGAGAUUUUGAGGAAAUCCAAAAAAUCAUCACGGUCAACUUCACCUCCCAGGUUUGGAUAAAUCAGCUAUUUUUGCCACGCAUGAAAGCCCUCAAUCGUGGCUUCAUCAUGUCUGUCAGUUCACUGAGUGGUCUUUUCAAUACGGCCCAAUUGCAAAUUUAUGGCCCGGCCAAAGGUGCCGUACGUUCCUACAUGGCUUCGCUGCGCAUGGAUUUGAAUCAGUACAGCGGAAUUAAUGUCACCACCAUUAUGCCCACCUACAUGACCACCCAUCAGCCCACCGAACAGAUUGUCAAUUCAAGUGGCCUCGGGAAACUGGCACCAGUUUUGGAUGGGGAUUUUGUGGCAAAGGAGGCCGUGGAUGCUAUGCUACAAGGAGUCGAUGAAUUGACACUACCCCGCCAGUGUAUUGUAGGCUUCAAAUUGCAAGAGUUCCUCUCGGCAUGGAUGCGUGAUAAAAUAAUGCUGUUUCUGCAUCCUAAAAUAGAUCUAAAUAGUCAAAAGAAAUUAAAAUAAUUGAUUUUUGUAAUUUUGUACAGUAAAAUACUCUUUUUGAUAAUUUAUAAAAAUAAA